AUGCUCAACGAAUUGAACGAAGCAGGGAAGAGAAUAGGACUGCUAAUAAGCAGAAAGAAGACACAGUUCAUGAAGAACGCCUACUGCGAGGACGGAGGAGUACAACUUGAAGGCUCCCAAAUCGUGGAAACUUCGUCAUACGUAUACCUCGGACGUUCUAUGAACAUGGAAAACGACUUGAAGGAAGAACUGAAUAGAAGAAUGAAAGCAGCAUGGGCAGCAUUCGCAGCCGUUAGGGAAGCUACAGACCAACUGACGGAUUUCUUCGUGCCCAUCUGUUCGACUCGACAGUUCUUCCAGCGCUCUGUUACGCAGCGGACACGUGGGCAGACACCGCUGCCACGUCUAGAGAGCUACUUACUACUUACAGAGCCCUUGAGAGAUGCUUUCUGA